AUUGGCAAAUUUUAACUGGGUGGUGGGAACGAUAGUUUCAAAAUUGCCCAUAACCUCGUGUUCUCACUCUACUUUCCUUAGUACUCGGCGCAGAAACGAGAUUCUUCAGAUAAAAUUUUAUAGAAUCUGUACAUUAUCAUAGUACAUCAUGCCAGAACUCACGGAAUUAAACAAAGCUGUUGUAUCAGACCCUACCAAAGAUGAAAAAGUUGAGUCAGCUACCGAUUCUGAUUCAGAUGACACUAUUCCAGAAUUAGAAGAUGCUACAACCGGCGGAGAUGUUGCUGGAGCUAGCAUUUCUGGAAUGCCUGAUAUUGUUUCAAAAGCCAAACAAAGCAGGGGAGAAAAAAAAGCUCGAAAACUUAUGAGUAAACUUGGAUUGAAACCAGUCUUGGGAGUAAACCGAGUCACUAUUAGGAAAUCCAAGAAUAUACUUUUUAUCAUAAAUAAACCAGAUGUCUUCAAAAAUCCAGCAUCUGAUACCUACAUUGUUUUUGGUGAAGCAAAGAUUGAAGAUUUGAGCCAACAAGCUCAAGUAGCAGCAGCUGAAAAGUUCAAGGAACAGCCAAUUCUAUCAUCUGUUGAAGCUGGUAGCGGUGCAACUGUUGUGGCACCUAUACAAGAGGAAUCUGAAGAAGAAAUUGAUGAGGCUGGUAUUGAAGAUAAGGAUGUUGAACUUGUAAUGAGUCAAGCUGGUGUGUCCCGUGGCAAGGCGAUAAAGGCUCUUAAAAAUAAUCAAAAUGAUAUUGUUAAUGCUAUAAUGGAGUUGACAAUGUAAUAUUGGCAGUAAUUUUUUUUUUAGAUAUCAAAUCAUUUUUAGUCAACUAACAAUAUCAACAUCUAUAUCUAAAAAUGAAGUAAUGAAAAGACAUUCAUACUCUGUAUGAAGUGGAGUUAAUCAAUAAAAUCUUGUUUGAUAACCUA